CUCUGCGGUUCCACCCUUGGUCCCUCCAGCUCGAGAGUUGUCAGUGCUCCCUACUCUUGCUCCUACUGCUACUCCUCAAGUCGACGCCGCUAAUGCUAGGUCCUCCCCAACCACAGAGGAGCUGUUCGGGGAUGCUGUUGCAGACGCUAGUGAA